UCACCCAUGUUCUGAUUUAAGCAACGCAUUUUUUCAUUGAAAAAUAAAAUUCUUAGAGUACGAAAUUUUGAAACAGAUUAAGUCGUCAUGAGUUUUCAGCAGAAGUUGGAUGAUUUUAGCCAGAAGCUGGACUUGGCCAAGUGGUAUAUGGGCGUGUCCACCCAUCAGGAGACCGCGAUGUACGCCAUGUCCGAAACCCUCCGUGAUGACUACGAGCAGGGAACAGGCGAAAAGAUGUACAAGGCCCUGAUAAUCCUGGGCGUCCAGCCGGUGAUAUCCAGGAAAAAAAUCAGUCGGAUGGUGCAGUUGAGCAGAAACAAUAUUCUGGCCUUCCUGUACUUUGUGCUGGAGGGUUACUACAAGACCUGCCAAAAGGAUGGUGUAUACAGUAUCAACGAGCAGUUGCUGAUGAACGCCAUAGCCAAGAUUGAUAUGAUGCCCACAAUACGAGCUCUCGACACCAUACUCCCACCGCCCCAGCUUAGUAAGGCUGAUAUGCAGGCUCAACCGCCGACUCCAACGGUCCCAGUGUUACGUACACCAAAGAAACCCUCCAAGAAAUUACCCUAUUUCCAAAGCCAACCGAAACCCGUGCAAAGAACCUCGCGGUUGACCGCUAAGCUCCCUGAUUUUGUUGUGUCCUUUAAUUUCUGGCCCAAUAAUGGACCACCUAAUUAUGGCAGAGACGAGGAGGAGCCGUGGUAUGCCCAGUAUCGACUAAAUCCCGGCCAGCGAUUGAUCAAGAAAACCCUCUCCGAGACCCUGGAGCGAUAUUUUAAGUUGGGGGGAUUAGAAGGAAGUAAGGAGGAUGAGGAGCGGCCGAAGAAUCGGGAACCCGAGGCGAACAUGUGUCUAAUCCACAAGGGUCAAGUGGUGCAGGCGCAGCUUUUGAGGGACGAGCUGACGGUGAAGGCGAGGGAUCGCUGCCUGGAACUGCUCGACGUCACAGAGCCAUAUGGCAAAAUACGACGGGCUAGGAUUUUGGCCCAGUUGGAGCACGACAUAGACACAAUCAUGGCACGCCAUCGCAAUGCGAUGCACUGCGACCAGACCAAAGUGCUGACCAUUGAGAACUUUGAUUGCGUGCUGUGCCAGCAAAUGUUGGUAUCGCAACCAUGGCCAGAACCAAAGGACCAGGUGGGUCGUGCUCUGGUGGGUGAGGAAUGCGGAAUGGCCCACACGGCGGCUAUCGAUACCUAUCGCGGAAAGAGGCUCGAGGGCGGAGGAGGCAAGCCGAAAAAAAACAAAAAGGAUAAAAAGGAUAAAAAGGGAAAAAAUAAAAAACCGGUAGAAUUGCCGCCAGAACCUCCAAAAGAAGAGCCCAAAAAGGUAUCGCCCUGGAAACCACCACCUCGAAAACUUUUUAGCGGUGGCUUCCGUAUGCAUAGCAUCGAUUUUAAUGAGCAAUCGGAGAAGUGUAAGCCGAUACUUAGUGCCUCGGAGUGCGAGGUCCCUCCGGCCCCAAAGAAAACGGCAGUAUCAUUUCUACUGGCCAAAGGAAAGAUCCCAGCGAUGGGUCAUCAGUGUGAAAUGCGAGUCGCGAGCAAGCGAUACAAGAAGAAGUUCUUUCGAGGACCCCGGGCCAACAAGCCCUACCAGUUCAUGUACUCCCGGGUCUUCCAAUCCGGUCAACCGCGACCCUUUGACCUGAAGAAGAUCGUGACCAAGUCGCUGGUGAAGGCACUGGAUAAAUCCGACGAGAAGGUUGAUUAUGGGCAGUGUGAUUUCGAUUGCCUGAUGGCGGAGAUGACCAUUGAGGAGGAGGCUCCCCCAGAUGGAUCACCAGGAGGCGAAACGAAAAAGAACGCGUUGGGUGAAGCCCAGGGGCCAACUAAUUUGUUCGAUGAACUGGAUCUGCUUGAUCAGGAUCUGGUCUCCGACAGUAAGGAGACCCUGGACCGUUCGAGUAACCACAGUCGUCGCAGCCAUGUGGACCACAAGGCGGAGAUCGUGGAGGCGGUGGUGCGAUGCGCCAAUGCCAUCUGGCACAAGCAGUCCACCAUAAAGCGGGCCGAGAUGGAGCGUUUGGAGAGACUGACUCCGCGAAGGGCGCUCGUCUACAAGGACACCGAUAAGUUCGAUCCCGACGACGCCGAGCAGAUGAACAAGCUGCUCAAGGACGGACUCCGUGCUCUCAGGAACGAGCCUCGCUUCGUCCUGGCCAGUUUGCCGGAGGCCCACAAGCUGCCCAUUUUGAGGGAGUGGGUGAAGCGGAGGUACGGAAAGACCUACAGCCAAAAGGAGCUCGCGGACAACAUUGCUGAGUCAAACAGAAUAUUCGAGCUGGUCAACUUGCUGCAGGGCAGUCCCCCAGAUCCCGAUCUCAUGGGCAUCGAUCGUCUGCACAGAUCCGAGGAGAACUUUGACAACUACAAGCAGAUCAAGAAUACGGCUUUCAACGUGAAGCAGACCUACCAUGACCUGUUAAACGCGCGUUACUUGGAGACCAUGAGCUCCGCCUGGUAUGCCAUGGGAAACUAUUUGGUGCCCGGAGGACCUCCUCGCAGGACCUUCUUCGCCUACAUAGCCUCCAAUCCGCAGGAGAUCAUGCGGGCGAAGGUGUGGAGCGGCGAGUAUCGUGAUUACCGCGCCAUGCGUGAAAAGAGGAAGGAACAGGAGCGGCUUUUGGGCAAAAAGGAAGAUUAAUCAGAAAAAUAAAACAAUUCCGGAUUUAAGAA